AUGAGCUGUGACCAGAGCUACCCCUUCCAACAAGUGUUCUUCGUGGACAGAGGUCAGCGGCAACUUCAGCAGCAUCAGCUGGGACCUGUCUGGCCUCAGAAGGAUCGAAAGGUGGGCGGUGGCAUCCCCAUGUUGGCCACUGUGGUCCUGCUGCUCUUUCUUACGGUGUUUGCGGCACUGGGCUUCGGCGGGUACCUAAUGUACAACAUGCAGAUGGAGCUGAAAGAUUUGAGGAAGAUGUCACGUGAGCUCAAGCAAGCGCAAGAGUUCAGCAAAGCCCAGAAGCAAAUCGGUUUAAAGGAUGAACCUGGUCGGAACAAAGACGAAAAAAAGAAGAGAGAAGACGAAAGGACUGCAGCGCAUGUCAUAGGGAGAAUUGAAAAGAGCAACUUCCCCAAAAUGCUUCGCUGGGACUCGCACAUCACCGGCGCGUUCACCGGCGGAGGCGUGGCCUACCAGGUGUCGAACGGCGCCCUUCGCGUCAACCAGAGCGGACUGUACCACGUUUACUCACGGGUGGAGCUCAUCUUCAAGGACUGCUCGCCCACGUCCUCCUUCUUCCACACAGUGUUCGUCCGGUCGGCGUCGGGUCACGACAACGCCCUGCUGGAGGCGAACCGGGUCGGCUUCUGUUCUCAGCGCCAGAACGUACGGCACGCUUGGACCGCCGACAGCUACUUGGCGUCGGCGCUCAGCCUACAACAAAACGACAGCGUGCUGGUCAAUGUGUCACACCCGGAAUUUCUCAGUCACUCGAGCCACGCCAACUUUUUCGGACUUUACAAGAUCUGA